GUAACUGCAGAUACAGAAUGUAAUCAACGGGGGCCGCGAAGGACAUUAUGGCAAAAUAUGGUGGGACUGGACUGCCCCGGGCCCCGACUCCGCUGUGGGUGCCCGGUGCAAGAUGUGAAAACUGAUUUAUGUACGAAGUAUCCGGCGGGGAGACAAUCGACCUGAAGAAGAAGAAGAAAGUGAAAUAAUUCUAUUCUUCAAUUUGAGCAGCAUGCAGAACGACAGGUACCAGGCAAACCUGACUCUCCGAGAGCCUACAGGUUCCAUCGUCCCUCACGUCGCUCUCUAUGCGAUUCAAUUUGUCGCGCUCGCAUCACCCUCCUUCAAGUACCGGCGCCUGUUCUUCAGCAGCAUCAUUAUAGCCCUCGCUAUUCAAGCGCACCUGAAUCCGCACUUCACCAACAAUGUCGCACUAGCGCAACCCUUCACAAUAGCAUGGUCGUACUACAUGGCGACGCUGGCCAAGCUUCUCUUCUCUGCCAACGGUCCUGAAGCACAAUACUGGCGCAUUGACCGUCCCGCUGCAGAAGCUCGUUCUUUUGUCGGGUUUGGAUGGAGGAAACUCGUGUGGGCGUCCAUGGUGGUAUUUAACCAGCGUGGCGUACGAUGGAACCACCAGGUUAAAAACGUGCCGCUAAUCCCGCAGGGCCAGAGUAAAACCAAGUUUCUCUUUUGGCAAGCAUGGCAAUUUGUAAAGUGCAUGAUGAUUGCAGAUCUACUUUUCGAACUCACCCGACGGUGGAUGUUCAUGCUGCCCGAUGGCUCUGUGGGCACUGUGAACAGCAAGUAUCUGAGCCUGCAGCAUCCUGACUGGCGUUGGAGCUUUGCAAAAGCUUUCGUGUUCGGCUCUACGCCCUAUUUCAUGUUGAGCAUGCAGUAUGCGCAAUUUGCCUUUGUUGCUGUGUUGCUAGGCCUUAGCAAACCUGAAGACUGGCCCUCACCCUUCGGAAAACUCAGUCACGCGACCACAGUGCGAGAUUUCUGGGGAUCAUAUUGGCACCAGCAGCUUCGCCACAUGUUGACACAAUACUCGGAUGCGGUGGCCACCUUCUUUCGAAUACGAAAAGGCACAAACAUGUCCUCUUACACAAAGCUCUACACCGCAUUCCUCAUAUCAGGCACAUUUCAUGCGCUGUCCCAGCUGCAGAUGCCCUCGCCCAUCAACAUCACCGCCGAGGAGCGGACUCGUGGCUUCUUUCUCUUCUUCGUAUGGCAAAUGGCGGCCAUUACACUGGAAGAUUUUGUGCAAUGGAUCGUAAGGACGACCAGAGUGCCCAUCUUUCGCGGCGAAGGAACGUGGAUCAGCACUGUCGUGGGCUGGGCUUGGGUCACGGUAGUCAUGUGGAAGGGGUUGCCUCUAGUUGGCGAUACUUUUGUGAGAAUGCGGAUGGGUGUGGAUCCGCUCUUACCGAAUAGCUUUAGCAGAGGUUUUGUAGAGCGCUGGGUGCCAAUUCCUCCUCCAAGUUUUGAAAGGAUGUGA